ACGGGUUCGCUCACGUGAGACGCGCCGCAACGGUCGGAGGCGGUGGACUUACCCUUCAUCGAGGCCGUCUCAUCCUUGAUACGAGACGCCCCAGGGACGGAGCCCCCCAACUAUUGACGCCCAUCAUCCUUCUCGGUCUCCUUCACGUCCUCCUCUCCUCCCCGCCUGCCACGUUCACCUACUAAAGACUGCCCCAACUCUCCCUCUCCUGCUUUUAGCUCUCUUCCUCUUUGCCCUCCCGGUGUUGGUUUCCUUUUGGUCAUGGAGGAAGACAGCCGUAGAGGACGAAGCUUAGAGCUCAGUGGUUCAGCUGGCGUGGUGGAUGAGAUGGAUUUCUUCGCCAAGGCGGAGAAGGAGCGAGCGAGGCCGGCGUCGGCCACGGAUCAUGGCGUCCCCCAUCUCGGUCUGAAGAAAGAAGAUCCGGCGGCCGUUAAUAUCGGCUUCCAACUAUUUCCCGAAACCUUGGAACGUGAUCACCCGACGGUACAGCAGCAAUCGCCGCCUGAUGAGGAUAACGAUGCUAAGCGCGUGGUAGAAGCGAUGCAAGCCGAGCUCGCACGCACCAACGAAGAGAACCGGAGGCUGAAGAACAUGCUUAGCGACGCCACCAACAACUACAACGCUCUUCAUGUCCAUCUCAUCCGGCUGAUGCAGCAACGAAACCUGAGCGAUGGAAACACGCAGUUCCAUGAGGUCACCAGCGAGGCUGACGAGAGACGAGAAGAAGGUGAUGAAGAAGGCGGAGCUGUAGUUCCGCUGCAGUUCAUCGAUCUCAGACCGGCCUCGGUGGUCGAUGAAGAGUCCCACUCGAUCACAGAUGAAGGAACUCGGCGACGUCGCUCUUCCUCCCCAGCCGAUCAGCCGCCUUCCAAGAGCUCAGAGCAGGAGCACGAAGCAAGCACGAGGAAGGCCCGCGUCUCCGUUCGAGCUCGGUCCUCUGCACCGAUGAUCGGCGAUGGAUGCCACUGGAGGAAGUACGGGCAGAAGAUGGCGAAGGGAAACCCCUGCCCUCGAGCUUAUUACCGGUGCACCAUGGCCGCCGGUUGCCCAGUUCGCAAACAAGUUCAGCGGUGUGCCGAGGAUCGAUCGGUGUUGAUAACCAACUACGAGGGGACUCACAACCAUCCUCUUCCUCCUGCAGCCAUGGCGAUGGCAUCCACCACCUCGGCGGCGGCGGCCAUGCUGUUAUCCGGCUCCACGUCGAGCAGUGAAGGGGUGACGAACCCCAGUAAUCCGCUUGCCAGAGCUAUCAUGCCUUCCUCGUCCGGCGUGGUCACCGUCUCGGCGUCGGCUCCGUUCCCGACCGUCACCUUGGACCUCACUCGCACAUCCGGUCCCCUGCCGGCUUCGUCGUCAACGCGGGUCUUCGGCCAGCCGCCGCACAACCAAUCCAAGCCACAGUCGGUGGCUGACACGGUGAGCGUGGCGACGGCGGCCAUGGUCGCGGAUCCUAACUUCACGGCGGCGCUCGCCGCUGCCAUCUCCUCGAUGAUGGGCCGGAAAGGCGACGGCGGCACGCAUCAAACGAGCGACAGCAAGUGAUUCGAGGAUCGUGUUGGCACGCAAACAACUCAUCAAACUUGUCCUUCCUCGUUCUUCA